GUACCAUCAUAAAGAUUUACCGUGUAUGUAUUGCUUAUGGUAUUUUACAAACAUUUUGUAAUUUAGGGGAACGAGUAUUCUACAUAUUUGUGCAAUGUCUUACUUAUUAACUGAAAUAGCUCUCGAAAUGCUUGGAUAUAAGUUUUAUGAUAUUGAUGGGAGUUUCGGUCCUACUAAUUUUCAACAAAAUACUGCUGGACAACAGAGUCAGACGAAAGAAAUAUAUACUGAAUCUUUGCAAAAUGUUAUGGUGUUAGAUACGGAAAAUGAAAAUAAUACUACUACCUCCAAUGAAAGGAAGUGUGAUGAAAAUACAAAAUCGGAUGAUUCCUCUGAUAUAGCAGAAAGAAAUUAUGGGCAAAUAAGGACGUUCUCAGCAGGCUUAAAGAAGCUUUUGGAUCUCGAAUAUGACCGACUUCGAAGUCAGGUAGAACAGACAAUGCAAUGUGAAGCUGUUCGUAUUGUUGAUGCAAACCUGAAUGGGUUACAAGAAAAAAAUGGCUCUGACGAUGGGUUGAAAAUAUUUAUACGCAAAGAGAAAGAAAAAUUAAAAACCGAAGCUCAUACUCUUAAAUCUUUUCGAAAUUUGGUGGAAAAAAGCACAUUCAAAAUGAACCCGGAUGUUUUCAGACAGUAUGAGAGAGUAUUUGUUGGUAGUAAUAAAUAAGUCAGCAGUCAGCUGUAGUUUUAAGUGAUUUAAUCAGUUUAAUAUAAGUUUGAUGUAUUAUAUUGUUUGCAGAAUACAUGCCCUAACCCAUAUACAUACA